ACAAUCCAGUUGACAAGGAUGGACUAUGCCAUGAAGUCUCUUAGCCUUCUGUACCCCAAGUCCAGGCAUGUGGCAGUGAGCACAGCAGUGGUGACCCAGCAGCUGCUGUCCAAGCCCAAACACAAGGCCCACAGGGCCCGGCCCUGCCGAGUCAGCACUGCAGAUCGGAAGGUGCGCAAAGGCAUCAUGGCACACAGCCUGGAGGACCUCCUCCACAAGGCCCAGGACAUCUUGAAGCUGAAAGACAAGCCCUUCUCCCUGGUGCUGGAGGAAGACGGCACGAUCGUAGAGACGGAAGAAUACUUCCAAGCCCUCGCCAAGGACACAGUGUUCAUGGUCCUGCAGAAAGGGCAGAAAUGGCAGCCUGCCUCAGAACAGAGGGGAAAGAAGUGCCAGCUCGCCUUUUCCCAGAAGCCCACCAAGAAGAUCGAUGUGGCUCGUGUAACUUUUGACCUGUACAAGCUGAAUCCACAGGACUUCAUCGGCUGCCUGAACGUGAAGGCGACGCUCUAUGACACGUACUCCCUUUCCUACGACUUGCACUGCUACAGGGCCAAGCGCAUAGUGAAGGAAAUGCUCCGCUGGGCCCUCUUCAGCAUGCAGGCCACAGGUCACAUGCUGCUUGGCACCUCGAGCUACAUGCAGCAGUUCCUGGAUGCCACUGAGGAAGAACAGUCCCCCAAGGCCAAGACCUCCUCCGUCCUCCCUGCCUGUCUGAAGAUCCUGCAGUGA